CGCCACCAUCGCAACUCCAGGGUCCGAACUCGCUUUACUAUCGCCAUUCGCCACGCUUCCUGCUACAGAUUCCGAUCGCGUCGUGUGAACGCACGGAGAGCGUGCUUCUAGAAUCUGAGAAAAAAGGAUUUUCUGUGCUGAUGUCAAAAGUGGUGGCCACUCACCGGUCCAUUCCUCGCAUAAAAUUCAAACAAAGCAACGUAUGAAGUAGAAUCCCACCAAUCCAUGUCCUCCGCCUCUCGCCGGUAAAACCGCCAUCGCCUCCGGGAUGCAGCAGGGUCGCCUCUGUUUCAUGUUACCGGCCGACAACAACCACCGCACCACAAAGAAGGAUGGGCUUGAGUACCACCGCCGGAUUCUUGCUUUCAUUCGCCAGCUGAUCCGACGGUUAGGCCACCGGGGGUGGCUUCGUUUCCGGCAGUACUGCUAUGGACAGCUGUGUAAGUGCAACUUCUCCGGGCCUGGUUAUUUUCAGGACAUGGCCGGGGUAGUGUUGUCAGACAAGGUUGGUAGUAACAGCCCGAGGAUUUUCAGCUACGCCGAGCUCUAUAUAGGCUCUAAUGGGUUCAGCGAGGAUGAGAUGCUUGGGAGCGGGGGAUUCGGGCGUGUAUAUAGAGCAGUUUUGCCGAGUGAUGGGUCUGUGGUUGCAGUGAAGUGCGUGGCAGAGAAGGGGGAGCGUUUUGAGAAGACGUUCGCGGCCGAGCUGGUGGCGGUGGCUCAGCUCCGUCACCGCAACCUUGUUCGGCUUAGGGGUUGGUGUAUUCAUGAAGACCAGUUACUCCUUGUUUACGACUACAUGCCGAACCGAAGCCUUGACCGGAUGCUCUUCAGGCGGCCUGAUGGUUCAGGGCCGGCAGUUCUGGACUUUGAACGCCGUUGGCGAAUUGUCUCCGGCCUGGCAACCGCGCUCUUCUAUCUCCAUGAACAGCUGGAGACGCAGAUCAUUCAUCGGGAUGUGAAGACAAGCAACGUGAUGCUUGACUCCCACUUCAACGCCCGGCUGGGCGACUUUGGCUUGGCCCGGUGGCUGGAGCAUGAGCUCGAAUAUCCAACCACCCCAAUACCCAAGUCCAUGUCCAUAAGAAGCCACCAGUUUCGGUUGGCAGACACAACCAGGAUCGGUGGCACAAUUGGGUAUCUGCCGCCUGAGAGCUUCCAGAAACGAAGCAUUGCGACGGCAAAAUCUGAUGUUUUCAGCUUUGGGAUUGUUGUCUUGGAGGUGGCCUCUGGUCGGCGAGCGAUCGAUCUCACAUACCCAGAUGAGCAGAUCAUCCUGCUUGACUGGAUAAGACAGCUAUCUGAUGAGGGCAGGUGCCUCCAAGCUGGGGAUGGCAGGCUCAAGGAUGGAUCUUACAGGCUUUCUGACAUGGAACGUCUGAUCCAUAUCGGGCUCCUGUGUUCUCUCAGUGACCCUCAAUCCAGGCCUACCAUGAAAUGGGUCAUGACAGCACUCGCCGGAACUUGUAUCGGUCCGUUACCGGCUCUUCCAUCGUUUCAGUCCCACCCUCAAUACAUAUCCUUGUCAUCUCCCAGCACAUCUACUACAACCACCAUUACAUCUAUGGCGUCUAGUUAUGUCACUGCAGCCGAGACCAUGUUUGUGACUGCCCACAAUGGUGAGAGCAAUGGUCCUUCCAGUGACAGCAAUCGCUACUAUCCGACCACUUUCCCUUCAGUCAAAACACCACGAGAGAUAUCAUUCCAGGAGAUUAUUAAUGCUACAGACAAUUUCUCGGAUACCCACAGAGUUGCAGAGGUGGACUUUGGCACUGCUUAUCAUGGCUACCUGGAGAACUGUCAACAUAUCCUGGUAAAGCGACUUGGGAUGAAGACAUGCCCUGCAUUGCGAGCUCGGUUUUCUGACGAACUCCAUAACCUUGGGAGGCUCCGCCAUCGCAACCUAGUGCAGCUCCGUGGGUGGUGCACUGAGCAAGGAGAGAUGCUAGUUGUCUAUGACUACUCAGCUAAUCGAUUGCUCAGUCACCUCCUCUUCCACCACCACCACCACCACCAAAAGACAGAGCAGCCUGUAUUAAGAUGGCGGCACCGGUACAGCAUAAUUCGAUCACUUGCAUCUGCCAUUCUUUACCUCCAUGAGGAAUGGGAUGAGCAGGUCAUUCACAGAAACAUCACAUCUUCGGCCAUUGUUCUUGACCCUGACAUGAACCCACGUCUGGGUUGCUUUGCUCUUGCUGAAUUCUUGAUUCGGAAUGAGCAUGGCCAUCAUGUGGUUGCCAAUCCAACGAGAUCAUCAGUUCGUGGGAUCUUUGGAUACAUGGCACCGGAGUAUAUAGAAUCCGGUGAAGCAAAUACCUCGGCCGAUGUGUAUAGCUUUGGCGUGGUGAUGCUUGAGGUUGUGACUGGACAGAUGGCGGUCGACUUCCGGUGGCCUGAGGUACUACUAGUGAAGAAGGUCCGUGAAUUCCAGGCACGGAAGAGACCAUUAAUGGAACUGGUGGAUUGGAGGUUGGAUGGAGAGUAUGAUCACAGGGAGAUGGUGAGGCUAGUGAAAUUGGGAAUGGCAUGUACACACUCGGACCCAGAUUUGAGACCAAGCAUGAAGAAGAUUGUCAGCAUACUGGAUGGGAAUGACAGGUGCUUGGAGGAGGGAGGACAAAGGAAAGAAAGAAGGGAUGAAUGGCAGCAGAGGAACUACUGUUCCUUGGCAUUGAUCAAAAGAAUCCAAGCUCUUGGAAUUCAGUGAAACUCAGCCAACACAGUUGAAGUUUUGGUAUGGAAAAAUGAGUGGUAACGGUAUCUAGUUUUAUGUUAUACUUCUUGUAUAGAAAAGGAAUGCUGAAAUGUUUUAUCUGGUUGUUUACUUCUUGUAAAUAAAAAUGGGAGAGAUGUCUUUUUUGCAUACAAAUUUGUGAUGAUUUUGCUAAUGGGUUGUGGAUAUUCCUUUUAAGU